UCCCAGAAUUUCUGUCAUUCAUAAUUCAUUCCCAAAUUGACGGUUCUCCGGUCUCCCCGACGCACGGCGGUUCUCCGGUUUUGCCCGACGCAGUGACGAACGACGGUCCCCCGGCCUCGCUCUACAGCCUCGCCCCAGACGCCCCUUAACCAAUCACUGUAAGUAAUUCAUGUCUUUUAUCAGGGCUAGACAAGCAGAAGGAAUUGAGAAUUUUUUUGUUGAAAAUUGUAUUACUAGACGGACAAAAUUUAUGAAGUGUGUUAAUUUUUUCGUGACAAAGCUUCCAGUGAAGAAUUGGAGCACUCAAUCUCUACCCCUCAAUCUAUUGCAAAGAACCUCCCAGGCCACCAUAGAUGAAUAACAGCAACAAAGCUGUCAUUGAAAAGAGUUUCAGCGGCAAAUUCUUAUCUCCUAUAUUAUUUGCUUUUUGGGGAUUAUUUGAAUAGUUGAUUUCAAGGUUUUGCUGCCACAACGGCUAAACGGAGAUACCGGAGAAACCAUGGCCAGAAAUGUCCAAAAAUCUCAAACCUUGGCUAUCCAUCUUAUCAGGAAGCCCCAUACAGUCAAAUACGGGUCACCCCUCUUCUUGCACAACAGGCGAGACACUGUGGAGGAGCUUCUCGAUAGGCACAUCUUCAAGGAGAAGAAGAGUCUCAACAACGAUGAUAACGAAAUUCUGUCUCACCGGCGCACUCACUGUGAAGCGCUUAGUCUCUGCAGGGACAUCAUCCGGGCUACCAGAUUCUUCAUGUGGCGAGACAAUUCAAAACCCUCUCCUAUUUUGAGGUUGGGUUUCCCUACUUUUGGAAGUAUUUCCUCCUCUUAUACUUCCUCGAGCAAUGAGCAGUUGGAUAACCCUUCUCUGGAUAGUAAAAAUGGUGAUACUCGUUAUGAAUAUUGUAGUGAUAGUGAUGAAGACAAUGGCAAUCCUGUAGUCCAUGGAAGCCAGGUUUAUCCCAACGAAAGUCUUGAAACAAUAAUGGGUAUUUUGCGAGUUCCGGGGGCUAGUGCAUCUCAAGUGAAUCGACAGCUUGAGCAAUGUCAUGUGAAGAUCUUGCCUGAGCUAGUAUCAGAUGUUCUUUCCAGGGUACGUAAUGACUGGGAAUUGGCAUUCACAUUUUUUCUUUGGGCUGGCAAACAGUCAGGUUAUGCCCAUUCUGUGCGUGAGUAUCACUCCAUGAUUGCUAUACUUGGGAAAAUGAGGAAGUUUGACACUGCCUGGGCUUUGAUUGAUGAGAUGAGGGGUGGGAGGAAUGGACCAUCAUUUGUCAGUCCAAAUACACUCUUAAUUAUGAUAAGGAAAUAUUGUGCUGCACAUGAUGUUGGAAAAGCCAUCAGUACAUUCCAUGCACAUAGGCGGUUUAACUUUGAGAUAGGAAUGGAAGAAUUCCAGAAGCUCCUGUCUGCACUUUGUAGGUACAAGAAUGUAAAAGCUGCUGAAUCCCUGAUGUUCAGUAACAAAAAAGUUUUUCCUUUGAAUACCAAGAGUUUCAAUGUCAUUCUUAAUGGAUGGUGUAAUGUUGUUGGUGAGUUGCGUGAAGGAAAGAGAAUCUGGAGGCUGAUGAAGGAGAUGGGGGUUCCACGUGAUGUUUACUCAUAUUCUAGCAUCAUGUCUAGCUAUUCAAAAUCCACUAAUCUCAAUGCUGUACUUAGGCUUUUCGACCAGAUGAAAGAAUAUGGUAUAGCACCCGAUAGGAAGGUAUACAAUGCAGUCAUUCAUGCCCUUGCAAAGGAAAGGCUAAUGAAAGAAGCUCAGAAUGUAAUGAAGACGAUGGAAGAGAAGGGUAUCUCUCCUGAUGUUGUUACUUACAACUCAAUAAUCAUGCCCAUUUGUAAGCGUCGUCUAUUAAAUGAAGCCAAAUGGAUUUUUAAUGAGAUGACAAAACGAGGUAUAACUCCGACUGUACGAACUUACCAUGCUUUCUUCCGCAUCCUGAGAACCGAAGAAGAAGUUUUUGAACUUCUCCAUAACAUGAAUGUGAUGGGCUGUCAUCCAACACAUGAAACUUACAUCAUGCUAAUUAGAAAGUUUUGUCGUUGGCAACAACUUGAUCUUGUCUUCAAGUUGUGGGCUGAUAUGAUUCAGAAUGGGCUUGAUCCUGACCGAAGCUCAUACAUUGUGCUGAUACAUGGACUCUUUUUGAAUGGAAAGCUAGAGGAUGCACACAAAUACUAUUUGGAGAUGAAAGAAAAAGAUUUAUUACCAGAACCAAAGAUAGAAGAGAUGCUUCAGGCUUGGAUUGCUGGUAAGCAAGCAGCAGGUCCAAUGAUGACAAAUUCAAUUGAGACUAUAGGAAUUUUUAGUAGCCCAGAAAAAAAUAAAGUCAGUAUAAAACCCAAAAAAAUGGGUAGGGAAAGGGAUUUCUUCCGACAUCCUGAGAAUAGAGUGGUUACAAAAGAAAGUGGCUUUUCCUUUUGGGAUUAAAAUGCAUUAUGAUACCAGAUGUAUCUAAUUAUCUAUUAUCUAUAAUAUGAAAAUCUCUAUUUAGCAGUCCUAGUAUUAAUUAAUCAGAAUAGGUCCAUGUGCUCAUGGCAUUUUCUUUAAUACUGUCUUUGUUUUGAAUUCUGGUUCCAUGGGGUUCACAGGCUCCUUUUUUGAAUUGGCCUCAGUUUUAUAAAAGCUGGUGAAGUAUUUUUACAUA